AUGGAUGUACCGGUGGCUGCGAAUGUACUAGGAACGCUGGGAGCAGUGUGUUGGUCCAUUCAGCUCAUCCCACAAAUCGUUAUCAACUAUCGAAGGCAUAAUGCUACUGGACUCCAGCCGACCAUGAUGAUGCUGUGGGCGUGGGCUGGGGUUCCCCUUGGCGUUUACAACAUUGCUGAAGAUUACAACAUUGCUCUUCGCAUACAGCCUCAGAUUCUUACCGUACUGAGCCUGGUGACGUGGAUUCAGUGUUACUACUAUGAGAAGGUAAGUGGUACCAUCAACAGCUCGAGUAUGAGUACGGCGCCUAACACCCCAAAGAGUUGGUCCGUUCUCCGCUCGCUCGCAGUUGUCGUCCCUGUAGCGUGCCUCAUGGGCGGCAUUCAAGCUGGUCUCAUCUUCGCCAUUCAACAUGCCAAGUCAGAAGGACUGCAUUGGCCCAGUAUCCUCAUGGCUGUUGCUUCGGCCGCUCUGCUUGCUGCUGGUGUCCUGAGACAUUAUGUGGAUGUCUACGUUCACCGGACCGUUCGUGGCAUAUCCUUCAUCUUUGUCGGUAUUGAUGCCCUGGGAGAUCUCUUCUCCUUGGUGUCAGUCGUCUUCCAGCCCAAACUUGACGUCCUGGGUCUGGUCAUCUAUGGCACCGAGCUGGUGUUGUGGAUCGGCAUCUUCCUGUGCGGAGCGUAUUACAAUCUCCCGUCGUGGUACGCUUCCAAGAAGGAGACGAAGAGGAACAACGAGGGCUUGGGUGAGCCGAACAGUGGGCCGGCGGACACGUCUGGCGUCGCACUUCACGAUCUGCCCUCCAGCACUUCCGUGUUCAGGACGCCAUCGGGCGAAAUUGAAGCGAUUCGACAGCGCAGUAUGGGCUCAAUACGUGCUGCUGGUCUGGAACAUCUACCGCGGAGGGUGUAG